AAAAGCAUAACAAACGUUUGUGCUCAAUGCAUACAUAAAAACUGUAGGUUCCCUCGUCUCAGUGCGCAGAAUAGUCUUCCGCGUCUGCGCAGUUAUCAGCCUCAGACCCCGCCCCCCGGUCCGCUUCUCUGUUUUCAUGAUCAAGUUGCUUCAAGAAGAGUGAUCAGAACCCAUUUCAUUUCACUCCUCAGUUUGCACAUCCACACAUGCGCAGUUCAAACAUAACUUUGAACUACAAUGUACUGUGAAACUGCGAAUACAUAACGCUUUGGACUUUGUUCACUUUCUUAUUCUCAUUCUGAGUACUAGACAGAAGACAGUACAACAAAUAUGGUAAUCGGUACAGUACUCGCCAUUGCAGGCGGAGCUGUUUCCACAGUGGUGCUUGCUCCUGCUGCCUUGGGGGCAAUGGGCUUUACUGCCGGCGGGAUCAUAGCAGGGUCCACUGCAGCAGGAAUGAUGUCAUCAGCAGCUGCAGCCAGCGGUGGCGGGGUCGCUGCAGGAAGUCUGGUGGCUGUGCUUCAGUCUGUUGGUGCUGCGGGCCUGUCAACUGCAGGGACUGCUGUUACUGCGGGGGUUGGAGGGGCUGUGGGGUAUAUCGGAUCCGCAAUCGCCAGCAAGUUUGGAAAAUAGAAGAGAACAGAGAAAACUAACAAUCAGCCGUGGGCUGUUCUAACUCCUGGUUACUGUAAAAGCCAAUAAAAGUCUUUGCCUUGCA